AUGGGCGGGGAUGUCCCCCUGUGUGCCCGCCGCCGUGGUGACACCCCCGAGGUGACACCCCCGAGGCACCCCGAGCGCCCCCGGGGGUCCCCACCCACCCCCGGCCCCAUCACCAGCAGCUCCGUCCCCUGGAGGGUCUUGAAAGCACCUGGGAGGUGGGACUGGCGGGAGGCCGGGCAGGGUCAGGACAAGCGACACGGGACGCGCCAGCCCUGCGGGGUCGGUGCCACCACGCGCGGUGUCCCCUCGCAAGGUCCCCACAGCCGGGCAGCGUCCCCGGGACCGAAUUGUUCCCUUCUCGUCGCCAUCCGUGAAUCCACGGGGUGGCACCGCCACAUCCCGACCCUGCGGUGGCACCGCCACGUCCCGACCCUGCGGUGGCACCGCCACGUCCCGACCCUGCGGUGGCCCCGGGAUCGUGUCCCCAGCAUCCCCCCACGCCAGAGCCACCAUCCCUCACCCCGUCCCCACAGUGUCACCCCACACCGCGUGUCCCCCAUCCCCGCUGCGUCCCCAGCCCGGAUCCGUCCCUCUCCUGCCACAGCCCCGCCGGUGUCACCGUCCCCAUCCCCGCCACCGCCACCGGGACCCGCGGGCCCCCCCACCCCCGCAUUCCCCAGCCCGGAUCCAUCCCGCUCCUGCCGUGGUGGCGCCGGUGUCGCUGCCGGUGUCACCGCCCCCAUCCCCGUCCCCGCAGCAGUGCCGGUGUCACCGUCCCCACCGCCGCCACCGGGCCCCGCAUUCCUGCAGCCCCCGCAGCCCCGCCGCGUCCCCAGCCCGGAUCCGGCUCGGAUCCAGCCCUCUCCCUCCGUGGCGCUGCCAGUACCGGUGUCAGUGUCGCUGUCACCGUCCCCAUCGCCGCCACCGGGCCCCGCACCCACGGCGCCACCAGCGCGGAUCCGUCCCGCUCCUGCCACAGCCCUGCCGGUGUCACCGUCCCCACGGCCGGCCCCGCAGCGGGGGCGGUGCCGGUGCCGGUGCCGGUGCCACACGUACCUGGUCCGUGCUCAGGGCGCGCCGGGACUCAUCGCCGCCGGUAGAGCCGAGCACCCCCGCCGGCACCGGGGGCUUAAAAGCGGGACUCGGAGAGGGGGGCAGCGGGCCGGGCCCCCCCCGGAGGGGGCCGAGCCGGGCCGGGCCGGGCCAAUCGCGGCUGGCGGCGGGCGCGGGCCCCCCCCCGCCGGUGCCGCCGGUGCCGCCCGCCCGCACCUGCCCGCAGCGGCGGAGAACCCGCGCCCGCUCCGCGCUGCCCGGCGCAGGGAUCGGCGGCGGCGGCUGCGCGGGGGAGCGCGGGCACUGCGCGUCUUUUUGAGCCCGAACGCCGGGAUUCUGGUGAAAUCCUGCAGCAGUGUUGCCGUGACGACCCUCCCGCAGUUUCCAUCCAGAGAUGUUUUCCUUUGUUGUGACAGGGACGCGGGGAGCGGCCGCGGGCGGUUGGGGUGCGGUGACAACGCCGAGGGGCUCCCGCUGCGAGGGGCAGGGACCCGCCACCGCCCGCGGGGACACCACUGCGGCUCCAGUGUCCCCAACCCCCCAGGGGACAGCAGAGGGGGCGAGUUUGGUGACAUGAGUGACAUGAGUUUGGUCCGCCGGCGGCUAAUGAAGGCCGUUCCAGGAGAGCUGCCACAUUCAUCAGGACUGCAGCUCAUUAACGAGGCCGCUGCCACCGCAGCUGGGGCCAGCGCUCGGGGCACUGGCACGGGGACAGGAGGGAGGACGGACGGACGGACGGACAGGAGGAUCCGUGGCUGGGGAGAAGCGGAGGCUGUGCCCGUCCUGGCGGAGUUGCCGGGCCUCCCCGGGGCGCGGCGGAGCGCCGGGCUGGACGGCAGCCGGGAGCCGCCGCCGGAGCCGCUCCCGGCACAGCCCGGGCCCGGCGGCGGCAGCGCCGCGUUCCUCGACAGCGAGGAAGGUGAUGAGGCCGAAGAUCCCGGGGCUGGGGCGCUGCUUCCUGGUUCCACAGAGCUGGAGGCACUGGAGGGUUCGGGGUCACCGGGAUUCUCCCGGUUCCGCAGCACUGGAGGGUUCGGGGUCACCGGGAUCCUCCCGGCGAAACUCGACGGGGGAAGGAGGGGAGGGAGGAGGAAGAAGAGGAAGGCAGAGCCGGUCACGCGUGUGCUGCUGCGCCGCGUGUCCCCUCGGGUGUGCGUACAGGCGUGUGACAUGAGUGUGACAUGUGUGUGCGGGCGGCAGCGUGUCCCCAGCCGGGGCCGAGCCCUGGGGCGGCGCGGGGACGGGGACGGGAACGGGAACAGGGACGGGGAUAGGGAUGGGGACGAGGACGAGGAGGGGGCGGUGGUUUCGCAGCUCUCGCCGGGUUUAUUUUUGCCGGUGACUGAGCUGAGGCGGCCUCGGUGCGGCCUCCGUGACUCACCCGGCACCGGGAGCUCUGCGGGGCUGCGGAGCCGGGGGCUGCGCCGCUCUCCGCCGGUGCCACCAGCAGAGCUGCCCCGGGGAGGUCCCCGCGUCCCCCGCGCCCCCCCCAGCCCCGGGAAGGGAGCGGGCAUCCCCCCGCUGCCAAGGACACGCGGGGAGCGGUACCGGGGACCGGAACCGGGGGCGAGGCGUUUGCAGGGGGGCGAGCACGGCGGGAGGUGGGCGGCGGGGCUGGGGGACACGGAGGGGUGGCGGGGGGGACACGGAGCUGCCCUCCCGGAGUCUCCGCGGUGCCGGGGGCGGUACCGGACACCGGGAGCGGAGCGGCGGCUCCGCCUCUUCCUGCGGCGGGCGGUGAGUGCGGGGCGGCCCCGAUGUCCCUAG